GGUUUCCCCUGCCUCCGGAAAGAACCCCCAUCCUGAGAGGUUGGUCUCCGGAGAAAUGCUAAUGAGCUGCAGAAAACCAAAUUUUAAAAUGUAGAAGUCGUGGGGCUGCGUUCCUCAGAGGACUAGUCUGAUCACCCGGGACUGAGAGUGGCAGUGUGUGGGAAGUUGAGACAGUAGAGCAAAGGGGUGGAUGUUGGGGGAGGGAGAAGAGUGGUGCAGCGGGCAUUCUCUUCUGGAAGGAGUUGCUGGAGCAGUGCGGUAGGACACAAGUUUGCGUGGGAGUGUUUUUCUUUUGUCAAUAAUUAAUCACCGGAAUCAGUCCGGCAGAAUUGGAGUUUUAGCAAUCGUGCAGAGGGCGGGGCCAAGCACCUAACUCUCGGAGGCUCUGGGUGCCCAGCGCAGAAGGAAGCUCCAGCAGUUGGGGAGGAGCCAAAGCCACUACCGUGCUCACCUAAGCCGCAGCGACAUAGAUCCGAAGGCUCAGAGAUGAAGUAACAGCAACCUACACAGGAACAAAGACAAGAAUCCAGACCUGGACUCUCCUAGGACAAAUUUUUGACAAUUUGAAAAAACCAACCAUGGAUCUCAGGCGUGUGAAAGACUAUUUCUCCUGGCUCUACUAUCAAUACCAAAUCAUUAGCUGCUGUGCUGUCUUGGAGCCCUGGGAGAGAUCGAUGUUCAAUACUAUUUUACUGACCAUUUUUGCUAUGGUGGUGUACACUGCCUAUGUCUUUAUCCCAAUCCACAUCCGACUGGCUUGGGAAUUUUUCUCCAAAAUAUGUGGUUAUCAUAGUACAAUAUCUAACUGAUCUUGCUUGUAUUGCAUACAUAUGUUAUUUGCAAAUUAUUGAUUUAGGUGAAUACUAUGUCUUCUUUCAUUAUCUGACCUGAAAAAUCCUUUCUUCUCUAUGCACUGUUAUAUCCUCUCUGAAAUUUAAGGUGUCUCUUUAGGUUCUUUUGUACAUGCUGCAGUGUAUAUCAGACCAUAAGAUAUAUAGUGCCAUUACCUUGGUACAAUAUGUUCCUAAAUUAAACAUAUAAGUUUAGAUUUUUCAAAACUGGAAAUUUCAUAUAAGUUUUCUAGAAAAUAGGCUCAUAAAAGACCUACCAGAAUUGUAUUUAAAAGCCUCCCUUGAUACCUAUAAUAAAGGAUAUAUUUUUAAAAAUUUGUUCAUAGACUACUAUAAAAUAUAUCCUAUCCUUGUUUACAAUAUAUAGAAAGAUGUGAAUUAGUUAUAUAAGUCCCCUAGAGUCUUAUUUUCUAACAAGUUGCUAAUAACUAAAAUUAUUUUACUUCAAGUAAAAAACAAAAUAGACUAGAGCAAUUAUUCCUUUUAGUUGCAUCAUGUCUUUAAAAGCCUGCCUGUAGGAGUUUAAAAUCAACUAUGUUGAUUUUAGAUAAUACAGUAAGUAUUAAAUACAAAAUAAUUUUAAGUGUAAGAAACAAAAUAUAAUCAAAGUAAACUCAGAUGUGUGACUUGUGAUGCUGCCUUGCCUUGCAUGAUGCUGAAGAGAAAAAGAGAAAUUUCUUUCACUGGGUACAUGUGGUUGGAAUGGAAAAGGCAUGUAUUGGACUACAGGGGAAAAGAUAAUAAAACAGGCUAGAAGUAAUAAUUCUAUCUGCAGGAACUCCAUAGCUCUAGUUAAAUGCUUUUUUAUAGUAGCUCAUUUGCUGAGCAAAAACAAGUUUAUUAAAUUGUCUUCACAGUAUUUAUCUUAGAAAACAAAUACAAGUUUUUUUAAUUAUACUGCUGAAUCAAUUGUGA